AUGAAUAGAUGUGCAAAAUGUUCAAAAUCAUUUGUAAAUGGAGAUACAAAAUCAAAAUACAAUAAUUUAGAAUACCAUCAGCGAUGUUUUGUUUGUAAUACGUGUGAUCAAAUUAUCAAACAUUCUUUUUAUGCACUAUCGGAUAAUGAGUAUCGUUGUAACGAUUGUCAACAACGCUUAGCAGAAAUUAUAACAUGUUCAGCCUGCAAUGAACAAAUUGAUGGUAGUUAUGUACAAUAUCGAAACAAAACUUUGCAUGCAACAUGUUUUUGCUGUGAAGCCUGCCAAGAACAGUUAUCAAAUGUUCUCUAUGUGGAAAACAAUGAGAAACCAUAUUGUGUUAGUUGUCAUAUAGAACGAUUUGCUAAAUUGUGUGCCAUUUGUCAACGACCAUUUGCUUCCGGUACACAAUCAAGAAUAUUUAAUGAUAGAUCAUAUCAUAUUGGAUGUUUUCGAUGUUUUCGAUGUGGUAAAAUUAUAUUUGGACAUGAUUAUAAAAUCAACAGUGAACAGCAACGUAUUUGCCAGGCAUGUGUUGAAACACAAUAA